AAAUCCCACUUCAAUCCCUCCUUUCCUUUUCCACAACCAAAGAGCCGUCGGUAGUCCGUGCGGGCUACGUCAAUGGAGUCGCUCUAUAUAUCGCCCCUCUCCUCAGUCGCUGCUGUCUCUACCACUCCCAGGUCUCUCUCUCUCUCUCUCUGGUGUUUUUUGAAGCAACGCAAAAAUGGGUGGAGAAACCUCUUCAAGUUCUCCAGAACCAUCUUCAAGCGCAGCCAUGGAGUUCUGGACUCUGAUGAUAACCAUGAUCUCGGCUCCGAACCCAAAGGCCGACGAUGUCUACCUCUUCGUCUCUCUCUCCGGCGACGAGAGCAACCCGAAGCAGCACAUCCCCAUCUACGAGGACCCCAGGUGGGCCUACACCUUCUUCUUCACCGUUGACAAGGCCGUGGCUCCCUCCUUCUGCCUCAAGUUCCAGAUCGAGAAGGCCAACAGCACCUGCCUCGAGAAGGACGUCGGCAAGGUCGAUGUGCCGGUCGGGGAUCUGUUCGUGAAGGGCAGCGCCGGCGGUGUGAAGCCGGAGGCACUGAGCUACGAAGUGAGGUCGUCAUCGGGGGAGACCAAGGGCGUUCUCCGAUUUUAUUGCCAGCUAGUGCCCCUGCAGCCAGUCACGAGUUAUCCAGCUGCAGCAGCGCCGCCUGCCUCAAAAUCAGUUGCUGCAUACCCACCCCCAACGCACGGGGCACCACCGCUGCCUUCAGGAUAUCCGCCGGCGGGAUAUACGCACGGGGCACCGCCGCCACCUUCGGGAUAUCCGCAAGCAGGAUAUCCCCCGCAGGCGGCAUAUCCCCCUCCGCCGGCAUAUCCGCCCCUGCAGGCGGCAUAUCCCCCUCCGCCGGCAUAUCCGCCCCCGCAGGCGGCAUAUCCGCCGGGGGCAUAUCCCCCACAGGCGGCAUAUCCAUACUGGUACCCAGGCCCACCGCCAGUGGGCUAUCCACAUGUUGGUUAUCCGCCGCCGGGAUACGGGUCGGGCGUCGGCAAGCCCUUCGUGCUGGGGUUUCUGGGCCAGUUCCUCGGAAACGAGAUAUCGGAUGCGUUGAACUUUUUUAAUGGCGCCUGAUACGAUGCCGGGUUCGAUAACGGUUUUGAUAUGUAAAUGAGUUUUCUUGUUGUCCGUCUUCCUUCCUCUACGUUUUCCAUUAUAUUGAUGUCUUGAGCUAUGAGACUGUCAUUUUCCUUUGUUGGCUGGGUCGGGGGCACAGCAGGGGGGUGUAAGAGAGUGUGGUGUUGUGGUGCAGUGGGCGACGUGAGAGUGGCAUGUCUAAAUGUGAGAGUCAAUUGUAUGUUUUUGUGAGUAGUGUAAUUAAGAGUGCUUGUAAUAUUAAGAGAGUGUUUAUUAUAGUCACUCUUCCAAAACUUUA